AUGUCCGAAGGUAUUCUGGCUGCCGGCACAGCUGUGGGCCAACAAAAUCCUGCCCGAGAGUCGACUAAGAAUCUGGAGAGCGUAGGGCUGCGCGGAAAUCGCUAUCCAUCUCUCCUUGACGUCUUUCAUCACGGUAGAAAAGGAAAUUCUAGCUUCAUCCUGCAGAAUGGGCAUGAGACCUCCGAUACUCUUUGUCAGAUCAAUACGAAUGGCAGAUACAAGCUCGUCGACGUUCUCGCCGAGGUGAGUAUGCUUGCCAUAAAACAUGAAAUUAACAAGCUCUCUAAAGCUCAUGUCCUCCUCUGGAAGCUCGAUCACCUCCUUAAACAUAGACAUGGGUAUGA